CCGCAGCAUGACUCCCGCGAGUACCCGCACACGCAGCGCAUACGUAACCUUCGGCGACUGAUAUCAGAAGGCAAAGUCAAACCGGAAUCUGAAACCCUUAUAUUUUUCCUUUGUAAUAAAUUUGCAGUUUCUGAUGAUAGGCGAAAGAAAUUUGAAUAACCAUUCAUGUGUUACCGUCCGUGUUCACUUGCGAGACAUGUAAUUAUGAGAAACGUAAUUUUAUUUUUUUUUCUCAAAAGAUGAACAAAAUUAUCCUAUCCAAGUGUCUCUACAUUGAAAAUUAUAUGAGAGAAAUGCCUUUAGAGUACUAACUAAAUAACAAAAAGGCAAUUAAUAUGUUAUUCAAAACAAUGUUUAUAAUUUGUGCAUAUUUUUAUAAUCAACUUUAGUGGUGUAUUUUUAUAACUAAUUAUUUAAUUAAACUUUUUUAAAUAAAA